AUGAUAACAAUAUGUAAUUGGUUGAGGCGUGUUAGAUGGCAGACGCGAGUGUUUUUAUUCAAAGCUGGUGUCGUCAAGAAACCGCCGGAGAUUUCGCCGUUGCAAUGGUUGGCGGCACCUAAACAAGUUCGGAUUCCUUCUUCUUUACUUGACGAUUUAAAUGAAACCGAAAAAUUACGAUGUCGAAGCGUGGAGCGGGAGGUUCAAUUAAUAUCGCAGCUGUCACCAUUGUUUCCGUCAAGUCUCUUACUGCAGGAUUGGCGGUUUUUAAUAGAAUGCCAAAAUAUUAAGCAACGAUUGGAACAUUUGAAAUUCUUGAAAAAGCUGGAAAAUGAAAAAACUAAAACGAGGAAAGCCCAAAAAUCGAUCGAUUCGUCAUCGAAAGUGAUAUUUAUGAAGGAUGAUUGUCAACUGCUUUCAAUACCCGGAUUUGCACUCAAACGAUGGGAAAAUAAGAUUUCCGGUGCUCGGCAACUUAUUCCAUUUCGUCUAGAUGAACAUCCGAAGCUUGUUGUCGAUUGUCGUUAUUUUCCGCUACUUUCACCGCGGGGUGCAAACUUGACUGCUAUGCAGUUGCAAUAUCUGAUCUCUGCAAACAAGACAUUACAGCACCCUUGGCCACUCUAUUUUAUGAAUUGGGGGAACGAUAAAAGGUUUUUGGAUCUUCAAGAGAAGCACCUUGCCAGUUUCUUUACAAAGGAUCAAAUAAAUGUCAUCGUUUCUGAGUCAAGUUAUGUGGACGUGCUUCCAAAGCAAAAUUUGAUAUAUUUAAGUCCAGACGCUGAUGAGGAGCUAACUCAAAUCAACUCGAAAGAUAUCUUUGUGUUAGGAGGAAUUGUGGACCGAACUGUGGAAAAGAACUUGCAUCCACAAGCCUCUAAACAAACAGCAUUACAAGAUGGCAUUCUUUGUAAAAAGCUUCCGUUAGAUCGGUAUAUCACAUGGAAAAGUGGCUCAAAGUUUCUUACUCUUCUCGCAGUUCAAGGAAUAUUACACGAUGUCUACGAAAAUGGAGCGAUAUCGAUGAGUCUGGAUUCUGGUGGUGAUAGUGGUUCGUUUGGCUCUUCGUAUUCACAGGACUUCAAAAACAACUUUCUUCUGGAAAAUGGGAAUGCCAAAAUGCUUUUAAAUGGGAAAACAAAUGGUUUGUCUGAAGAAAGCCAUUAUUCUUUGUGCAAUGAAGACAACGAACUGAUCGAUGUCAAACCAAUUUACCUGGUUAAUAAGGAACAAUCCAAUGAAGCAAGCCAACUUCAAUUGCCAUCUGGCUCAUACGACGAGGAUGAUUGGAUGGAUGAAGUCGACGUUUCUCGUUUUAGCGAUCUAGCUGCAUCUGGAUUUGAGAUGAUUGAUCGUUCCGAUUCAAAAACUCAUGGGCCUUCAACAAAUGGGCGAUGUUUUCCUAAACCCAACUAUUCUUAUUCUUGCUUAAUUGCUCUGGCUUUGAAAAACAGCCGUACCGGACGUCUUACAGUUUCAGAAAUUUACGCAUUUAUGUGUGAAAAUUUCCCAUAUUUCAAGACUGCUCCAUCUGGUUGGAAAAAUUCAGUGCGUCACAAUCUGUCUCUAAACAAGUGUUUUAUGAAAAUUGAAGUUGAAACUCCCGGAGUGCAGGGCCGAAAGUCUUGUUUGUGGAUGAUUAGACCAGAAAAAGCUGCAAAAAUGGAAGCAGAUUUGCAAAGAUGGCGCGAUAAAGACGCUGGAAAUAUUGAGGAAGCAAUUAGACGACCUGAAGAUAUUGAUGCUGUGCACGAGGGGCGACGAGGAGUUCCCCGAGAAGAUCGCUCAUUACGCACCAUUGAGAAUACAAUCUAUCCAGCGAUGAAAAAUGUGUUGAUUGUACAAAGUGGAAAUGGAAUCGCCACCACCCACGGUCACGCUAUUGAAGCAUUAGAUGCUACAGGUCAUAUUGAAUCACCUCGACGCACCGUUCCACAUGCAUCCUCUCAUCCUGGUCCCAGCCGACCUGUCCUGGAUUUGAAUGAUCGCGUCGGAAUUGGAUUCCCGGAGACAAAGGUCCAAAAUAAGACAACCAUCACAUUUCCUGUACGUGUUUCGGCUAGAGACGACCGUGGACUGAUCGCGGCCACAAGUUCGACUGCAAGGCAACAAAAUCUCAGUCAUAAACCAAAUAUUCUGAGGAGGUCGACCAAUGCUCCGCUAAUGCUUCAACCGCAACCUCGCCUUGCGAGCUCCAAGACGCCAGUAAAAAGCCUCAGCGAACUUCUACCACUUGAUUACAUAUCGAAAUUGGAGAUUACGCCAACGAAAGAAGAAAACUCGCCAGAGAGGGACUUUCUGUGCUCGUUUCGUUCAAAUGUUGAAGAAUCACCGGUGCGUACACUCUUCUCUUCAUAUGAAGCUGCUCAUGCAGCACUCACAAACAAUUCACUUUUAAACUGUGCUCUUGAACAAAGCCCCUAUAAAGAUAUGAAUCCAUUACCCGAAAGUUUACUCCAAUAUCAUCAAGCGAAGGCUCCGCCAUCAAUUUACUACAUCCCAGAGUUCAUAACUGAACACGAUGAGGAGGUUCUCUUAAAAGAGGUUUAUCAAGCUCCUAAGCCUAAAUGGGAGGUUCUAUCAAAUCGGCGUUUGUUGAAUUAUGGUGGCAUUGUGGGAAAGAAAGGAUUAAUACCGAUGAACGACUUUCCAACGGAGUUGACCAAAACAAUACGGAUGAUCGACAAGUUACAAGCCUUUCCAUCGACACCAAAUCACUGUUUAGUCAACGAAUAUACACCAGGUCAAGGAAUUAUGGCGCAUACUGACGGCCCAGCAUUUUAUCCACUUAUUUCGACGAUUACUCUUGGAAGUCACACCGUUCUCAAUCUAUAUGAUUCAUUUCCUUCUGAGAAUGAAACCACUGAAAAAGAGCAAUUUCGAGCGCUUGAAACCCGCUAUCGAGGCUCUAUGUUAUUGGAAAGAAGAAGUCUCGUUUUUAUUACCGACGAUGCGUACAGUAAAAUGUUGCAUGGCAUAAAUGAAGUUACAGAGGAUGUUUUAAAUGAAAAGACAUGGAACGUAUUGCCAGAACGUUUCGGCGAAAGAAUGACGAGAAAAACACGUGUAUCACUUACUAUACGAUAUGUGCCGAAGGUUUCACGGAAUGCAGCUCUGUCGAUGUUGUCAAAA